GGCGCUAGGCCGCGCUCCGAUCGUGCAGCAUUGCGGGUCGAUUGUGCUGCGGCCUGAGAUCGGAGAUGUUCGCCUCGGGCUCUGUUGGGUUGUAGUGCCCUUGAUUCAGUUCAAUUCGGAGGUCGCAGACUCGGGGCGGCGGAUUCCCCACAGUCGGUUGCAGGAUGGAUAUGAACAUCAGGCACCUGUUGGCAGAAGCGGCGGUCUGCGGCAGCGAUUUAAGUACGUUGAUGAAAGCUUACAACUUAAUAAAAGUUGCCGCUGCAGAGAGAACUCCAUUGGCUAGAACGGAGAUUCUUAACCCAGAUUUAUAUGUGCAGUGUGCCGAACUGGCUUUGCAGUUUAAACAGGAGGAUAUUAGCCAGGAUUGCUUGAACAUGUAUUUUGAGGGAACACGCCCUCAAAACCAGUUUCUGUGCAGGGCAUGCCUUUGCCAAGCUCAACUGUAUGCUCCAAAAACUACUACAAACAUACAUGAACUGAAUAAAGCUGUACGGUACAUACUUGAGACCAUAAAACAUGCAAGAAAGCAAAGAAGGUAUGACUUCCUCAUUUACAAUGCCUCUGUUAUAUAUUGGAUGGUGAUAAGGCAAUUUUUAAAGCCAGGCUUCUAUACCCAUGUGAUCUCAAGUCUUUCUGAAGUAAUAAGAUCAUUGGAAAUGAUUGGCGAUUCGGAUUAUGAAUGGAGGGCUCAAUUAAUGAUAACACGAAUUGAAUGUUUUUUGGAUGAUGGGAAAAUGCAAGGUGCAACAAACUUUUCAAACAGUACAGCGAACUUCAUUAAACGUAAUGUUCCCCACAUGUACCCAAAGAUACUUUCUAUUCAGGUAUUUCAUAACCUCGUGGAUUUUAACAAAGUGAGUAAAGAGUUGAAAGGGUCUAUCCACCUGACAGCAAUUUGCAAGAUUCAGAGGUUGAAAUUAGAAUUCAAAGAAAAGGAACUUCCACGAAACCUCACAGUUCAGCUGAAUCAGAUAUAUCAACUUAUAAAAUCAUGUGAAAGUGCCUCAACUACGAAUUUUGCUGGUCAGUCAGAUACAGAUGAAAAGUCAGCUACUACCCAGCUGACUAAAAAUGAAAGGCUAUCUUUGCUGUUGGAGUUAGCCCAUUUUGCAUUAGAAGUAAAACAUUCUGAGAUGGCAUCGUACAUUAUUAAUGAACUCAAAAGUCAUGAACCAAAAGAUAAGGCAACAGCAAUGGAAAUUGAAUGUUUGGAAUCUGAAUCUGAAAUACAAAAGCUGGGAACAAAGGCAGAGAAAUGUACCAAGAGCUUUGUAGAGCAUUCCUUGAGAAUAAUUAAACGAAUAGAUCAAGUCCUGCAGAAUGCUGUUCGUGAGGGAAAUGGAGAUCUAAUUCAGACUGUUUGUGUGACUCAGUGGAAUCUUUGUCUAUCUUUGCUUGAACCUAAUUUGCGAAAGCAUGUAUACAAACCACUGGUCAAUGUGGCAACAGCUCUUAAUGAUCUUGAUAGUUUGUUGAUUCAGCUCCGUUGUCAAGUUCACAUAGAAAUAGCUCAGAUUGAGGAAGAUGAAAAUAGGAUAGAAGUGGCCUUGGAACAACUUAAAAAGGCACUUCAAGUAAGUGAUAGAGGGCCUUACAAGACUUACAUCAAACAAACAAUGCACCGUUUGCAGCUGUACUCAUCCACUUACAAGUUUCCAAAACUGCCAGAAGAUCAAGCCAUCCUGAUCAUUGAACAGGUCAAAAGACACAAUGACUUGAAAUGUGGACAAAACAAUCGAUCUUUAAUGAUUAAGGCUGGAGAAGCUCUUGCUCCUAAUUUUCAAAAGGUUCUGGAUAGUGAAAAUAAAGCCAAAAUUUUUGUAGGCCGUGGUAACACAGGCCUAAUUGGUUUACUUGCUGCCAAAGUUCAAAAUUACAUGAAUUGUAUACAGAAGAGCAAAGGUCACUUGGAAAGACUUGAAGAUGCAAAUGAUAAAUUGAGGGUGAGAAUUUGGACUGAUUUGGUUAAAGUUGCUCGUAAGCAAGAAGUUUGGGAUGUUUGCCGUGUUGCUUGUCAAUUUUGCCUGCUGUAUGAUGAUGGACGAUGGAAACUAGAAAAAAGUGAGGAAGGUGUUGGUGCAGCAGGUAUUACUGUUCCUGAUGCUCAAUUCGACAAUAAUCCUAAGGUCUCAUCAUUGUUGUUACAUUCAUCACGCAAAACACUUUAUUCUAGUGUUGAUGCAAUCAGACUACUUGCUGACAUACACUUCAUUAAAGGAGAGGCAACAAUUCAGUUGUUAAGAUCAGAGGGUGCAGAGUUCAACAACAAGGCAGUUUUCCCAAGAGACAAACAAACUCAUUCUCCAGGAUUUGUAGCCAAAAAUUUAGAGGAAUCUCCGGAAUGGAUUACUUACAGAAACUGGAUAGAUUAUCUAUCCAAUUCUGCCACACAAAGCUUUCUACGAGCUGCAGAACUGGGUGUGCAAUUAAAUGAAGCAAUCAUUGUAUGCAAUGCUGCAGUCUAUAUCUGGAAUUAUAAUCACCACCUGUUAGUUACUGGGAGAUAUAAGAAACUUGUGAAACCAUUUCGGGCACUUCUUGAUGCAUUGAAGAAGACAGGACACUGUGGGCAAACUGUGCUUUUAGUAAUGCUAUGCAAUGCUCUAUGUCAAGGAUUGAUUCAACCUUGGAUACCCAGCCCAAUUAGCACUGAAAAAAGUGAAUCUGACAAGGGUUCUCCGCUUCCUGAUAAGAAAAAGCCACCUGCAAAAAAACUUGACAAAACGAACAUUCCGCGGGUUUUGUCUGUUGAUCCUGCAGGUAUCCCUCACUUAAAUGAAGCUCUCCAGAUCUGUGAAUAUGCAUUACGCAUAACAAAUGGAAGAGUGCCCUCUGAUGUUAUUCCUAUUGCUGUGAGGCAUCAGCUUGUAAUCACAUGGGUCAAGAUAAAACAGCUUCUGCAACAACAGAUAGGACUAAGUCUGGGAAGUAAUGAUGAGAUGUCAUGGUUAGAGCAAGGACAAGAUGCAGAAGAAGCCCAGCAAAGUAAUGACAGCCAGAGUUCAAUGGUCCAAGUUCUUAUUGCACUGGAGAUGUGGUCAUGCAAUAGCAACAGGCUGAUGAAAUUUACUGUCCCCAGUCUUCUUGAGUUGGAAAAUAAAGUAUCAAGUUGUUCCUGGACUGAUAAAUUGUUGGAGCUGGAGGUAUGGACACGUUUGAUGCAACUUGCAUACCUGAAUAAUGAUGACUCCUUCGUAAUGCAGUGUGCCCAGAAAGCAUUUGAAUUGGAAAAAGAUGUUUCAAAAUCUCCUGCUUUUAAGAAGCAUGAAAAGCAUAAUAAUGCAGUUAAGCAUGAAUUGCUAAGUGUUGUUGCCUGUAUCCAAGGACAGAACUUGAUGAAGACUGGAGCUGGAAAUAGUGAAAUGCGUAUUGCUGCAAUCAGAGCAUUUGAAAUGAGUGCAAGUCACGGAGAAAAGGCUGGAUGUAUGAAACUUGUAAUGAAUUCAGCAAAGCACUUCUGGAAUUCUUGUCUGUCUUUGAUACCAUCUGUUGUGGAAAGAACUAUACUUGAAGAGCCUCUUAAAUCUUUCUUAAAGGCCAUUCACAAUACAUACUCCAAAAUGAAAAAGGAAGAAGAAAAGGAAGAAAUGUCUCCACACCCAACAAUUAAACGGCAAACACAUUAUUCCAUUCAAGAUCAAUUACUGAUACCUAUUGGUGAUGCUGAAGAUGAUCUCAAGUUAAGGGCAGCAAUGUAUGGUCUUUUAUUCCACAUUAAUGCAAAUAAAGGAGACUGGAAAGCUGGGUUAAAGGUGUUGGACAACGCUAUUAGAGAUAUGCCAAAGACAAAGCAGAGGUUGCUUCUUUUCAAGCAUAGAAUUAUGGUAAAUGCCAGGCUUGGUCACAAUAUCCAGAUGGAUAUGCAGAAAUUAAAUGAUGAAAGUGAAGACCAGGUAUCUUAUAUGUGGCACCGUGUGGCAGUGUUCUCGAAGGACGUAGCAAAUCAAUUAACUUGCUAUCAGAAUUCAAUUAGUGCAUUGAAGAAACCAGAAAGUAACUGGCAGAAGAUUGAAGAAUUGAUUGAAUUUGGUGAAUGGUUGUAUUGCAAUGGAUUUUCUGUCACUGAUGCUCUCUGUCAGUUAGACUGGGCAGUAGAUAUACUCCUGAGUAUGAAACUUUGGGUAAAACCUACAGAGGAUGAAGAAGACCACUUAAGUAAGGAGGAUAUGCCAAAAAGCGAAAACUUCAUUCCAGUAAAUCAUCAGCUACUAAUAGGAGCACAAAGUAUUGACCCUAACCUGACCUUAGCAGAUCUGCAGGAUGUGAGACAACUGGAAACACUGGUUAUAGUGCAAACUAUAAUGGCAACAAUUGCAGGCCGUGCUUCAUCCCAGAAACACUGUUUAAUGGCGUAUGCUUAUGUUAUGUGCAUUUGGCAGGUAUCAUUGGCAUCGGCAAGGAUACUCAUUAGGGAGAUAGCUGCUGCUACUCCUCCAAAGACGACUCGUGUAGAUACAGGAACCAAAUCAAAUAAAUCAAAGGGCAAGAAAGAGCUAGCAUCUGAUGGUCAAGAGAAAUUUCAAUCAAAUCUACCACCUGCAGCUAUGCCAGCUAAUCCAGCAGAAUGGGCUCUUUAUGUUUGUCCAAGUGAAGUUCGAGAGGUCUUCAAAAGAGGCUCAAGUAGUUGCCUGAUCAACAAGAAAAAUAUCUUGAAACCUACCUACACUUUAUUCUACAUGGAUUUAUUAGUGAAAGAGUUGCAAAGCUUAUCGUAUACACACCUGACACUGCCCAUUCUUCAGCUUGAAGAAUUAAUAGCCAAGGAGGUGCUGGAUAACAGGGGUCUCUCUGACUUGUAUCACCUCAGAAUUGCCCAGAUAUGUUUAAAGCUGAAUUUGACCCAGGCUGCUCAGUACCAUCAAAAUAUACCAGGAUCAGUGUACAUCUGUGAUACAGAGCAAACUAAAUGCCAACAAGAGGUUGUUCGACUGAAAGAUCUGCAUUUGGAGACUUCAGAAGAAAGCAUACCGACUUCAAAUCGAGACAUAAUAACAACAACAACACAAAUACCCUCUAACAGUGAACUGAACAUGCAAUUUUCUGCACCUGUGUUAACCAGAAAGAAACUGAGUGGUGUCUGUGUGAUGGAUAUAUGGAUCAAUAAAGCAGAAACCUUACUGCAGCUUGAAUUUCACCAACCUGCCAGAGUUCUGUUAUCAGAGACCCACAAAUAUGCAAAGGAACUGCAGAACAAAGAAGCUUUGGCAAAUGCCUUUUAUCUUCUGGCAGUUCUAGCCAACCAUGAAAAGAAUUUUGGUCAGGCUAAACAGCUCUUAAAAGAAGCUCAAGACAUUGGAGGAAAUGAAUACUUCUGGUACAAUGUUAUUACUUGUCUAGUGAAUGCAAUUCUCGGAGAGAAUCUCGAAGAUUCGAAGGAGCAGGCUUGUAGGAUCUUAAGACAGGGAAUUGUAGCAUACAAGACUGCUUUAGAGGAGACACCAAAUCGAGCUUCAGUUCUUGAAUUCAUGAUAACUUCAAUGGAAGCCAGGUUGACCUCCAUUGAAAUAGAAUCCUUGAAGGCAUCAGGUGAUAUUAAUUUAAAGAAACCUGACAUUAUAGAAAAGCUGAUUUCUGCUUGUGUUAAAAUGGAACACUAUUCAAACAUCAUGAUGCAACAUGGAUACAGAGAAGAAUCAGUGGAUUUGAUGACUGAACAUGUUGGUACACUAAUCAUGAUUGCUAAAUGCAGUGAAGAAGAGGAGAAAAAACAUGGUCAUCUGUUGGAUGCAUAUGCACUGAUACAAAAGGCCAUCUGGAUUGAAGAAGAUGCUUUCAAUGACGUGAUGAGAUUGUUACCACUCAAAGCGAUGACAGGUGUAAGUUUACCUUUAAUGAGAAAGCUGGCCUCUCUUAAGUUAAUUUUUGUACAAUUGGUUUUGGACAUGCUUGAACUAGUUACCGCAAAAGACAAAAAGGAAGCUGAAUCAGCAAAGAGCAAACGAUUGCUACAACUAAUUGUAGAAGAAUUUGUUAGUUGCACACCUGAUUACACACCUACAGAAAAGCAAUGGGUGGCUGUUUCUAAGUCAUUAGGACAAAAAGCUUUGGCUCAGCUUCAGAGUGUGUAUAGCCUCAGCAGUGGCUCUGAAGAGCUUAGAGCCAAAUGCCUAUAUCUAACUGGGAAAUGUCUUCGUUUGUUGGCUGUCCAGAUAGACCCAAUUAAUCCAGGCUUUGUUUGGGUUCAAGACACCCUGGAGAAUAAAAAUGGCCUGUCAAAAGAAGUGAAGUCCAGAGAAGGAAAUGAAACAUUUGAAUCUAACUGUGAGCAUACAGACUUGCAACUCACAACUCAGGACAAAAAUGAACAAGUCGAAUCAAAUCAUGAGGAUUCGGAUAUGCAGCUUUCAGCUCAGCAGCUGGCAAAGUGCAUUGCAAUUGCUAAACAAAUUAAGAAAGAUCGAGCCGUUGCUCAAGUUUACUGUGCUCAUGCCAGUGAAGUUUUGUUACAGUCCAUGAAUCAGGCAUUAAACAGCAAGCUUACUAAUAUCCUUGCAGCAGCCAGCCUCGACAUGGUUGAAUGUUUUGGACAAUUUGACCCAGUUUCUGGGAGUCAAUAUUUAGCAUUACACCAGAGUUGCUUAGCAUCAAUAAUGCUAAGAGAUACCUUGAUUAAGACUGGAUAUGAUACCAGCAGUUCCCAGCUUGUAGCAUUAUUGCAUCUUCAACAAAAAUUGCAGAAGGAUGGAACUAUGAAAAAUAUGCUCAAGACAGUUAAUGAAAGGCUUAGCACAAAUUUUGAGGCUUGGAAAAAUACUAUAAUUCAACCACAGCAUCUCAACUUUUUGAGUGAAUUUCCUUCCAAUUUUAAUAUAAUUGUUCUUCAACAUUCUGAAGACAGAUCUCUGUUGUAUGGAGCACUUCUUGAAAAACCUAAACAAAAAUCCAUUGUUGAGAAAAAGGCAAAAGGACGUCAAAGUCCAGGUCCAACACAAGCUAAAAUUUUUCGUGUGCCUGUAAAUUCACAACUAUUUUCAAGUUUAAUUGCAAAGAUCUCCAAUUAUAAGAAUAAGUUGGCUCAAAAUCUGUUAAAAUUUGAAAACCAAAAUAAUCACAUAAUGCAAAGGAAGAAGAUAUUUCAGAAAUUACAUGAAGAUAUAAAUCCAGAAAUGAAAACAAAACCUGCACCAAAAUAUGAGCAUGUGCUUGAUGAAGAUUUCUCUGGUAUUAUCGAAUCAAUGGAAGAAUACUUGAAUCCUCUUUUGUCGCAGUUUAACUUUACAUUUACUCUCCCGGCAACUCCCCUAGUAACAGGAACGGAUUCAGCAAAAUCAAAACACAAAAAGAAAGAGGAAAAACCCGUGGGUGGGAAAUCAACUCCAGGUCAGUCUCAAGAUUUAGGAGAAUUUGUCAUCCUGUUGGCUGAUAAACUCUUGUUGGAGCUACCCUUGGAGGCACUAAAAGUUUUCCAGAAAGAUGUAAUCAGCUCAAUUUCAAGAGACUUCUCAUUACAAUUGCUAUACAAUCGCCAGCACAGAAAUGAAUCAGAAACUCCAAACACAAAGGAUGUUAAAGGUGCUAGAGGAGCAGGAAGCCAAAAGAAAAACAUUAAAAUGGUAGCUAUCAAUCGUGUUGUGCCACCUAGUUGUUUUCCAGUAAAUACUCACAACUUCAGAUAUAUUGUAGAUCCUUAUGAUGAAACAAAUGACUUGGAGUUGUUCAGUCCUGUGAAAGUAAUGACAGAAAUAAUUGAAACAUAUAGUUCACAAUUCACAGGGCACUGGGCUGGAGUUAUGGGAUGUGAGCAUGUUCCCAGUCAUGCAAAAUGGGAAGAGCUGUUAAAAAGUUGCAGUGCAUUCAUCUUUUAUGGAAAGGAACAUUUUUUAGCAAAUUUAUUGCCAUCAAAAAUUGUCUCCAUGAAUUUCCCAGAAUGUCAGCUGGUGAUUCUUCUCGAUCUGGUCCAAACCAGUCAAAGCUACCGACGACAGUCAAUACUAGACAGAGCAAAAAGUGCGUUACAUUUGUCAGCAGAGGGGCAGAUGGAUACAGCAAUACUCCUAAGCCUGACUGGAGUUCGUUCUGUUAUGCUUAAUCAGUGGCAUAGUACACUUCAGGACAAUGCAGUGAAGUUUAAGAAACUGUCAAAAAAUUUGUUGGAUCUAGGGAAAACAACUGGUCAAACAAUUCAUGAAAUUGCCAAAACUGCAAGGAGAAACGUUUCUAAAACUGAUACUGAAUUUUCUUCUGAGAAUCUGUUUUUUUCAGUGAAUGAUGGACAUCUUGGUUCUAUAUCUGAGGAUUCUAGCAACAAGGCAAGGAAGUAUCACCCAGAAGAAUAUAUGACUCAGCAAAGUGCUUUUAAUUUCAUACUCUAUGGACUGCCAAAUCUUAUUGUCACCUGAGCUGUUAUAAAUGAAGUACUAAAUUUCUAAGUAUAUAUUGUUGCAAAUCUUUUAGAAUUUUCAGUGUUAACUUUUAAAAAUACAGAAUUCAAGUAACUUUAAUAUUUCAGUUAUGCAUUUUAAAAAAAUAUUUUGGGUGGAUUUAUAAGAUUUGAAUCAGCAGUUCUUAUUUCUAACAUGGUUAUUGUGUGAUUUUAUUUUCCAUAUUGAAUUAUUAUUUUACAUUUUGAUGUUUCCAAAUGUUUUGGCCUAAAUUUUCUGGCUAAUGGAAUACCACAUAUUCUAUUUAUUCAGUAGUUAUGAAGCAAUGGUAACAAUUCUGGA